GCGAAACAGGAAACUGAAAGACGACAAAACGGCACAGUGUGUGUGUGUGUGUGUCUCUCUCUCUCUCUCUCUCUCUGCAUUUUGCUUCGCUGCGCUGAACUUUUUUGAAGCAGAAAGAGAAGAGAAAUAGCAGUUGUUGUUGUUGUUGUUGUUGUUUAUUUAUAACUAGAGAGAGUGAGCGAAGCGAAAACAAAAUCGGCGAUGCCGGAGGAGACGACCACCAUUGACUACGUUAUGGAGGCCGCAUCUGGGCCCCAUUUCUCCGGUCUACGUCUCGACGGCCUCCGUCUCUCUUCCCCUCCUUCUUCCUCCACUUCUUCUCCUGCUCAUCGCUCUUCUUCUUCCAAUUUCUCUGCCAUAACCGACUCUAACGCUCCCAAGCAGCCCUUCGUCAUCGGUGUUUCGGGAGGUACAGCUUCAGGUAAGACUACAGUGUGCGAUAUGAUCAUUCAGCAGCUUCAUGAUCACCGCGUUGUUCUCGUCAAUCAGGAUUCAUUUUACCGUGGUUUGACUUCUGAAGAAUCAGAACGUGUUCAUGAGUAUAAUUUUGAUCAUCCUGAUGCUUUCGACACCGAACAACUUUUAGAUUGCAUUAUACAGCUCAAAUGUGGGCAUCCUUUCCAAGUUCCAAUUUAUGAUUUUAAGAAGCAUCGCCGCUCUUCUGAUAGUUUUCGGCUGGUUAAUGCCUCUGAUGUUAUUAUCUUGGAGGGGAUUCUUGUCUUCCAUGAUCCACGGGUUCGCAAUCUGAUGAAUAUGAAGAUUUUUGUUGACACAGAUGCUGAUGUAAGGCUUGCUCGUAGAAUAAGACGGGACACAGUUGAAAGGGGCAGGGACAUAAAUUCUGUUCUUGAACAAUAUGCGAAGUUUGUCAAGCCUGCUUUUGAUGACUUUGUUCUUCCAUCAAAGAAGUAUGCUGAUGUGAUCAUUCCCCGAGGAGGUGAUAAUCAUGUUGCAAUUGAUUUGAUUGUGCAACAUAUCCGCACAAAGCUUGGUCAGCACGAUCUCUGCAAAAUUUAUCCUAAUGUGUAUGUCAUUCAGUCAACAUUUCAGAUUAGAGGAAUGCAUACACUUAUUCGAGAUCGAGAAAUAUCAAAGCAUGACUUCGUAUUUUAUUCUGAUAGACUUAUCCGACUGGUUGUGGAGCACGGCCUUGGCCAUUUGCCAUUCACAGAGAAGCAAGUGGUUACUCCAACAGGAUCUGUAUACACUGGGGUUGAUUUCUGCAAAAAAUUAUGUGGGGUUUCUAUUGUUCGAAGUGGUGAGAGCAUGGAAAAUGCAUUGCGUGCAUGUUGCAAAGGAAUCAAAAUUGGAAAAAUUCUAAUCCAUCGUGAUGGAGACAAUGGAAAGCAGCUUAUAUAUGAGAAACUUCCCAAGGAUAUUUCAGAACGUCAUGUCCUGCUUCUAGAUCCUGUUCUUGCUACAGGAAACUCUGCUAACCAAGCUAUUGAACUACUCAUACAGAAAGGGGUUCCAGAAUCGCAUAUCAUAUUCCUUAACCUCAUAUCUGCCCCUGAGGGAAUCCACUGUGUUUGCAAACGGUUCCCGUCUUUGAAGAUUGUGACUUCAGAGAUUGAUGUUGCACUGAAUGAAGAAUUCCGUGUCAUACCUGGAAUGGGCGAGUUUGGUGAUCGUUACUUUGGUACUGAUGAUUGAUCAAACAUAUGGGAUAUGUAGAUCACAAAAUUGUGAUUCACUACGUAAUGGUAUAAUGGUCUCAUAUACCUUGAAUUAGAUUGUUUUGUAGAAACUCAAAAGUGCAACUUUUUCAAUUUUAAGAAAUCCAACAGCAGCGAGUUUCUUGGCUUGUA